AAGAACGUGCGUCCAAAACACCGCCCCUUCAAAAACCGCGCGCGUCCUCCAUGCCGCUAUAAAACACGCACGCCCCCGAACUACCUGAAACAUCAGUGGGAUCACGAAACCUUAGCACACGAACGCCGCCCACAACCUUUCUCGCGACACCGACCUCGCCGCUCUCGGCUGCGUCAUGGUGCCGAGGCUGGAGCGCGGCGGCGGCGGGUUCCAGCUCCCCAACUCCGAGCAGGAGGACUCGCUCUUCCUCCGCGCCCUCAUCUCCGUCGUGUCCGGGGACGCCGCCGCCCAGGCCGUGCACGUGCACGUGCACCCUGCGCCGUCGACGCCGUCGUUUGCCGCCGCCGCCGCUCCGGCGCCUGCCUCUGCGUGCGCCAGGUGCGGCGCCGACGGGUGCCCCGGCUGCGAGCUCGCGGCCGCGGCGACGACCGGGUCGAGCAGCGAGGGGGAGGGGUGCUCGGCCGCGAGCUUCGUGAAGAACGGCGGCGUGGGCAAGCGGCGCGCGGGCGGCGGCGGCGGGAGCAAGUUCAGGGGCGUGCGGCAGCGGCCGUGGGGCAAGUGGGCGGCGGAGAUCCGCGACCCGCACCGCGCCGUGCGCAAGUGGCUCGGCACCUUCGACACCGCCGCCGAGGCCGCCCGCGCAUACGACGUCGCCGCGCUCGAGUUCCGCGGCCACCGCGCCAAGCUCAACUUCCCGGCCACCGCCGCCUCAUCGUCGGCAUCCGCGUCUGCUUCUGCUUCUGCUUCUGCUUCGUCCUGGGCGGCUACGCAGCGGCAGCCGGAGAGCCCUCGCGAGAAGUGCGGGUCAAACGCGUCGUCGCCGGCGCACGCGCCGGAGCAGGGGAGGCCGGUGGCGCGGGAGCAGGAGAUCUGGGACGGGCUGCACGAGAUCAUGAUGAUGGACGACGGCAACUUCUGGUCCAACUCCAAGCCAUGAUCAGUGGAUCACCGCCCAUCACAACAUACAUAAUAAAUCUUAUACUACAACACGAGUUCAAUAAACGAUACACAUCCGGCAUUUUCUUGCAAAAUGUGCACAAUGCUCACGAGAUUCUCCCACACAAAUUAAAGACUGUUUCACAGAUAUUGUUUCGUACUCCGUACUCUCUAAACUCUGGGUGCAGUCCUUAUCCUCAUUACUAUACUACUCUACUCAACAUUUCCAUGAGAUAUUUUGCACAUACUUUUUGACCGCUCAGCAGCAAACCGCCGCGCGCGCUGUUGACGACCACAACUCCCCAAAAACCGAUAAAGAUGUGGUCGGU